UCACAGGAAGUUGCGUGAUUAUUUCCGUCCGGCUUUACGCUGUGUGGCUUCACAGUAUUUGGGUUUCCAGCCAACUGACUGCUGCCGUGUACUGGAGGGGGUUCGGCUGAACCGGUUUACUUUUUCAAACACUGGAGACUCUUGGUACGGUGUACAGCCAUGUCUCCAUCAGUACCCCUGCAGGAGAUGAUCCGGGCCAUCAGGUCAGCGAGGACGCAGUGUGAGGAGCGGGGUGUCAUCCAGAGGGAGUGUGCAGCCAUCCGGGCACAGUUCAGACAGUCUGACAAUGGGGGGCGAUCGCACAACCUGGCCAAGCUGCUCUACGUGCACAUGUUGGGCUACCCUGCCCACUUUGGUCAGAUGGAGUGUGUGCGAAUGAUAGCCAGCCCUCGCUACAGUGAGAAGCGUGUGGGAUAUUUGGGAGCCAUGAUGUUGCUGGAUGAGAAGCAGGACGCCAGCUUGCUCAUCACCAACUCCAUCAAAAAUGACCUUUCUCACAGUAACCAGUACGUGCAGUCUCUGGCUCUGUGCACGCUGGCCUGUAUGGGAUCUGCUGAGAUGUGCAGAGAUCUGGCACCAGAGAUAGACAGGCUGCUCCGAGCCUCCAACUCCUACAUUAAGAAGAAGGCUGCUCUGUGUGCUGUUCACAUUGUGAGAAAAGUCCACGAUCUGGGGGAGAUGUUUGCCCCCGCAGCUCGAUCCCUCCUUGCUGAGAAGAAUCACGGUGUGUUACAUGGUGCUGUAGUGCUCAUCACUGAGCUGUGUGAGAGGAAUCUAGAGACACUGGAGAAAUUCAGAAAGGCAGUGCCAGAUCUGGUUCAGAUAAUGAAAGGUCUGGUCAUUUCGGGUUAUUCUCCAGAGCACGAUGUGGCAGGAAUCAGUGAUCCCUUCCUACAGGUACGCAUCUUGAGGUUGCUGAGGAUUCUCGGUCACAACAACGAGGCAGCCAGUGAUGCUAUGAACGACCUCCUUGCUCAGGUGGCGACCAACACGGACAGCACUAAGACUGUGGGCAACGCUGUGUUGUAUGAGACCGUUCUUACUGUGCUAGACAUCAAAUCAGAAAGCGGACUCAGGGUUCUGGCUGUGAAUAUUCUGGGAAGAUUCCUACUGAACAAUGACAGGAACAUUCGGUACAUCGCCAUGAUCUCUCUUCAGAAGAUUGUUGGGACAGAUCAUAAUGCAGUGCAGCGCCACCGGGGAACCAUAGUGGACUGCCUGAAGGACCAGGAUGCUUCUGUCAAGCGCCGUGCGCUGGACCUCUCCUUGGCGCUAGUGUCGGCCUCCAAUAUCCGCUCCAUGAUGAAGGAGCUGCUCAUCUUCCUGUCCUCAUGCCCUCCUGAGCUCAGGUCCCAAGCUGCCAGCGGCAUAUUCAUCGCUGCAGAGAGGUAUGCGCCCUCCCAGCGCUGGCACAUUGACACCAUCCUGCAUGUCCUCACCACGGCAGGGGGCGACGUCAGAGAUGAAACUGUGCCCAACUUGAUCCAGCUUAUCACCAACGCCUCAGAGCUGCACUGUUACACUGUCCACAAGCUGUACCGGGCUCUGCUCACUGACAUCUCUCAGCAAUCCCUGGUGCAGGUGGCUUGCUGGUGUAUAGGAGAGUAUGGAGACCUGCUGCUGAGAGGAGAGUGUCAGGAGACUGAACCUGUUCAGGUCAGCGAGGACGACGUCCUGGAUGCCUUAGAAACGGUUCUGCAGUCCCACAUGUCGUCCCCGGCGACCAGAGGCUUUGCCCUCACCGCCACAAUGAAACUGAGCACACGCAUCACUGACAAUGUGGAUCGCAUCAGGAGCAUCGUCAGCAUCUAUGGCAGCUGUAUAGAUGUGGAGCUCCAGCAGAGGGCAGUUGAAUAUAAUGCUCUGUUCAAGAAAUAUGACCACAUGAGGGCAGCGGUGCUGGAGAGGAUGCCUGUGAUAGAAAAGAACACCACGGGUCAAACCAACGGUGAGUCAACAGGGGAGCCCAUCAAGGAAAUCCAAUCAGUCAAAGUCAAGCAGGGAGAGCCUCUGCUGCCCCAACCACCUGCUAACCAGGUGUGUGACCUGUUGGACCUGCUGGGAGGCUCUGAGGAGACUCUACAGCCCAGCCCAGCAGCAGGAGGCACAGCACCGGGCCUGCCCACCAACACAGCCAGCACUGCCGGUGGAGACCUCCUGGAUCUGCUCGGAGGGUUAGAGCCCACCCCCCUCGCUCCAGCUCCCACAGUGCAGGUGUAUGAGAAAGAUGGUGUGACUCUGACAAUGAGUUGUGAGAAACAGUCAGCCACGGGCCUCACAGUCACGCUCACAGCCUCCAACUCCACCGAGUCAGACAUCAGCAGCCUCACCCUGCAGGCUGCAGUGCCCAAGAGUGUCCAGUUACACAUGAAGGCCCCCAGUGGGGACUCUCUUCCUGCUCGAGGCGCAGCUAAGGUAACCCAGAUGGUGGUCCUCAACAACCCAAACAAGGUGAACCUGAAGAUGAGGGUCCGUAUAUCUUACAGCAGCAAAGGAUCAGCCUUUCAGGAUACAAUCCAGAUUGACGCCUUCCCUGGACUCAGUGCUGCCGGCCACUGACAGCGGCCAUUCAGUCCGACAGGACUGUGACGACAGUGUGUGGAUGAGUCAGCAGACAUCGCCCUCACUGACGGAAGGUUUUCUUUUCCUGCUGUCGCACCCUCUACACUACAGUCCAAGCUGCUGUUUCUUGAAUUCCUGAUUUUGUGGGUGUUUUUAUGGCUGAAGAACACUGUUCUGUCACAGGAAAUCACAGCCUCGUACAUUAACUCAGUUUCUCACUCCUCUGGAUUCCAAUUGUAAAUGUGACUGAUGACGCAAGCUUUGGAAUAUGCGAGCAUUACUUGGAGAAUAUUCAGUUUUUCUUGGGUUUUUGCAAUUACGUCUGUAAAAUUCGUAUCAUUCAGGUUUUUAAGCUGCUAAAGCUGAUUGUAGUUGAUGUUUAACUCCAUAUUUAUUAUUCAUGUGGCUUCAACAAGCUGUCCUCACGUGACACUCCCUUUGAUAUGAUUUCCUUUAUAAAAUAUUUGCCUUGACGGUCUUCACGUUGUUGAAAAGCAGCUAAACACUCACUAAUGAUCCACUACUACAGUUGCAAAAUGCUCAAAUUCAUUACUCUUGACUUUAUUCAGAAACUUAAGGACAUGAAUUUGAAACACCUCCUUAUGUCUUGCAGUCACAUGUCUUGUGUUUCUCCUACUUUUUAUGCGUCAUACAACUCAACAGUUCAAAGAAUCCGCCUCCUUAGUCAUUCCCCUGUGCCUUUUACCCCCUCAAAAACGGUUCUUUUCUAGUUUAGUUUUGGGGGCCAGGAACUGGUUUUUAAAUGUAGGUUAUAAAACAUGUUUUUAUUCCUCCCAUUCAAGCAACACUUCCUGACCAAUAUCCCCUUGCCUGUUGUUUACAAAGGCUCCCGAGUCAUUUUAUUAUAUGAAGACUGUGUAUAGUGAUACAAGAAAUGACGUGGGCAUGAUACUGUCUGCAAGAUGUACAGUAUAUUUUACAUAUUAAUUAUAUGAGCACAAUUUUAGAAGGGGGAACUCUCUAAUACAAGCCUUUGUUGUAGAAGGACAGAAAAGUGGGCUGUAAAACGUGUAUCAGAUUAAUUUGAUAACUCAUCUCAUAAUUGUAGACCUGUAUUCAAAACGAUUCUGGAUGUCAGUAAUGGUGCUCUAAAUGGUUUUCAGUAUAAUCACAAGCAGACUGAUUCAGAUCCCUACCUUAAUUAAACUGUAAAGAGGAGACCAGGAGGACUAUUCUGUCAGAUGUCAUUAAAUCUUCAGUUUCAUGUCAUUUUCUAAUAAAAAUCAGUUUUCAGAA